AUGUGUGACCCGCAGUCUCGCAUUUUAAUUCCCUUGAACAAUGAUUACAAAAAAACAAAUUAUGGUACUUUAACAAUUUUUUUGAACCCAAACAGAUUUCAAACUAAAAGUCACGAAUUACCUACUAAUCAGAAGUAAAAUAUCAAACAUAAAAUUGUAACCUGCGCACUUAAAAAGUCAACAACCAUAAACAGCGCAAGACAUGUAAGAGUUUACAUAGAAUCAAUAAUUCAUCAUUUGAUAGCAAAAAAAAGUGCAUUAAUUGGAGAAGUAAAUUUGCAUUUAUGUAAGUUAUCAGUUUUUUGCAAAUCUUAUCAAACAUGGAAAACAAAGUAGAAAUUAACGAAAAAGUUAUUACAAACUUCUUAAAUUGUCACCACAGUGAUGACAUUCUAUUGCGACUAAACGAACUGCGAAACGACAGCCAGCUUUGCGAUAUAAUUCUUGUUGCUGGCGAUGAAAAAUUCAAUGCUCAUAGGAAUGUACUCUCAGCGGCCAGCUUGUAUUUCCUCGCAAUGUUUAGCGGAUAUUUUCCUGAAAGUGACAAAAAGGAAAUAGUUCUAAAUGACAUGGAACCGGAUUGCUUAAAAUUAAUCCUUGAUUACAUCUACACAGGACAUUUGGUUGUUAAUCAUGCAAAUGUACAGAAUCUACUAGCAACAGCUUCGUUUCUUCAAAUCGAUUGGAUUGAGGAAAGAUGUUGUGAUUUUAUUGUCAAGGCACUCGAUGCCAAUAAUUGCCUUGGAGUUAAAAAGUUUGGAGAAAACCAUUCACUUCCAAGGCUUGAAGAAUAUGCAAGCGAAUAUGUACUUAAACAUUUUCAGGAAGUUACUAGAAGUGAUGAAUUUCUAUCCAUUCCAUUUGACGAGUUUCAUAAAAUACUAGAAAAUCCAGAACUUUACAUUUACGAUGAAGAAGCACUUCUUCGCAGCAUUAUCAAAUGGAUCGAUCAUAAUCCAGCCGAACGCCAACAACAUCUUACCCAGCUAGUUACUAAACUACAUCCAGCUUGUGUUAGUAACAAGCUUGUUCAGUCAAUAAAUAUGCUUCAUGAUGAUAAAGACUGUCGUGAUUGGGUAGACAGCGUCAGUCAGAGCAUCGAUAAAAUGCAAUGGAAUAUUUUCGUGCUCGAUAAAAUGGGAAGGCAACCAGAUUUUGGCAAAUACGAUAUGACAACAGGCAAUAUGAUACCACUCAGUCCGUUUCCUUUGGAAGCGUUUGCACUAAGCUUUGCAAGUCAGAAACAUUUUUUAUACGUCCAAGGCGGAUGUGUUGGUAGAAGUCGACGGACAUGCUUCUAUUAUAAUGUUUAUAAGAAUAAAUGGUUUAGCAUGCCAUCAAUGAAAGAACAACGCUCACAUCAUAGAUCACUGAUUUUGGAUAGUUUUCUAUAUGCAAUGGGAGGAAAUGGUUCGAAGGUCACACACAGAUCAGUCGAGUGCAUGGAUUUGGAAACGGGAACGACAAUGCUUGUUGAACCGAUGUUAUCGCCAAGGAGCUCAAUGGGAGCUGUUGUCUGUGAACAAAGCUUAUACGUGAUGGGUGGUGAAACAGAUCAAAAAAGUUUAAGUUCCGUAGAAAUGUUCGAUCCCAGAGUUGGUAUUUGGCAAAGUAUGCCAAGACUAAAUGUUGUCAAUAGCUAUUGCACUAGUGCCGUAACAGAUAACUACAUUUAUUGCUGUGAGGGACUAGGAAGUUCAAUGGAACGAUUUGAUUUGCGAAGUCGUGAAUGGGAAAUGAUAGAAUUUACUUCCGAAAGAGAAUUCUUUGAAAUAUUUUCAAUUGGCAACGAUGUGUACAGUAUUUCUAGUGAAGAAAUCGCUCGAUACUAUCCGGCUGGAAAUCGCUGGGAAAAUAUUUUCUACUAUCCGUUUACUCGUGAAUGGGACACAGCACUUGCAGUUGAACUUGUAAAUGAAAGUUCGGUGGUUUUCUAACUUCAAUAAGAUCAAAAACUAGAUAGACAAAAAUAAAAACAACAAUAA